AUGACGGACUCGAUGAACCUGAUCUCAGCUCAGAUAUCAUUCUUGGAAGCACAUCUCGCGCUGAUCCAUAUUCCCAUCGAGUUGUACGCCUUGACCCUUCAGCCGAUUCUCCGGCUCCUGUUUGGAGAAGACCACGACGAGGACGCGGGGAGGAUUUCGUGGACCAACCGUCAUGACUUUCUCAACAUCUCCAUCACGGCCAUUGAAUGCUCUAUUAUAUGCUCGCGAUACCUCGCGGACCGAUUCGUGCGCCCGAUAGCCGAUGUCCUCAACAAUGUUCACGCCGGCAACAAGAAGGGGAAGUCGACAGGGGACAUCCAGAUCGGAAACGAAGACUAUACAGUCAUCCAAGUCGAUGGGCAGGGCCUUGAUGCUGGCCAGAGGGUGCUGGAAUUGACGUCGCCAUUGGCAAUGGCUGGAAUAAGCAUUUUCUUCAUCACGACUUAUUUCUCUGACUAUAUUCUUGUUCCAUUCCGGGCGCGAGGCACCGUCACCACCGCGCUUCAACAGCGAGGGUUCGUCUUCUCCAAGACCGCCGACGCCUUUGUGUCGCAACUCUCGCCGUCAUCUCCCACCUUGCUCCAGGGCGGCACGAGGCCGCCGGCGUCACCCUUCUUCGACAGGUCGGCUCCCCCCACGCCGCCGGCCAAGGACAUCCCUGAGCUCCAGGUGCGGACGUUCCGAAAGCUCCAGCGGAACAACAUCCGGCCUCUUGUCGACCGUAAGAUCCGUCUGGCCAACUGCGCCGGCAGCCGCGAGUACAGCAAGGCCAGCGACGAGCGGCUCAAGGACGACCUCCUCCAAGUCCUGCUCGCGACCGCGGCGCCCACGACGACCCCUUCGUCGAAAUCGGUCACGGCCACGACGAUAUCGGCAGCUGGACUGAGUCUGAGCACGCCGCCACCACCGCCACCAGCGUCCGGCGCCGACCUGGACUUUGGCGCCAAAUUCCUCUCCCUGACCAUCACCUCGGACGAACCCAUCUCGGUGCUCCUGGAACACCGCCUGCUCGACCGCCUUGGCGGGUCCCUCCUAGGCGCCAAAUCCGCCGACGACGCCCUGAUCCCCAUCACGCUGGACCUGCGCGACCUCCCGCUCGACGCCACGGGCAUUGUCUGCGGCGUGGCAGGGCGCCUCGCCCAGGGGAGCACCGACCUUCCAGACGGACAGGUCAUUUUAAGCGGCAGCGACACAACGACGGCGAUCGAGAUUGGCCCGCGCGACGAACCCGUCGAGAUCGGCUUCCUCAGCACCGCCAGAGCAGGCACCGUCAUCGUCCGCGCGUCCCAGCUCGAAGAAGCCCUCGAGGCCCUCGAGUAUGGCAUGAUGAGGGUCGUGGAGGAGGAGAGGGCUUGA